UGGGAGCCUCCUAGGAGACGAUGCUGCUGUGCAAGACGGGGGACUCAGCUCGUGCUGGUGGGGCUACUGAGCACAGUAAUGUGGGCUGGCCUGUUGGCCCUGCUCCUUCUAUGGCACUGGGAAACAGAGAAGAGUCUAAAACAGCUGGGAGACGCUGCAAUCCAGAACGUCUCCCAUGUUACCAAGGACUUACAAAAUUACCAGAGUAAUCAGUUGGCCCAGAAGUCCCAGGCUCUUCAGAUGUCACAAAACUUGGAAGAGCUCCAAGCUGAACAGAAGCAAAUGAAAUCUCAGGACUCUCAGCUCUCUCAGAACCUGAACGAACUCCAAGAGGAUCUGAUCAACGUCAAAUCCCAGAACUCUGAACUCUCCCAGAACCUGAACACACUCCAAGAGGAUCUAGUCAACGUCAAAUCCCAGGGCUUGAAUGAGAAGCGCGCGGCCUCAGAUUCUCUGGAGAAGCUACAGGAAGAGGUGGCAAAACUGUGGAUUGAGAUACUGAUGUCAAAGGGAACGGCAUGCAACGUGUGUCCCAAGGACUGGCUCCAUUUCCAACAGAAGUGCUACUAUUUUGGUGAGGGCUCCAAGCAGUGGAUCCAGGCCAAGUUCACCUGCAGUGACCUGGAAGGACGGCUAGUCAGCAUUCACAGCCAGAAGGAGCAGGACUUCCUGAUGCAACAUAUCAACAAGAAGGAGUCCUGGAUUGGUCUCCAGGAUCUCAAUAUGGAGGGAGAGUUCAUAUGGCCGGAUGGGAGCCCUGUGGGUUAUAGCAACUGGAGUCCAGGGGAGCCCAACAAUGGGGGCCAGGGUGAGGACUGCGUCAUGAUGCGGGGAUCUGGCCAGUGGAAUGACGCCUUCUGCCGCAGCUACCUGGAUGCCUGGGUGUGUGAGCAGCUGGCAACCUGUGACCUAUCCGCCCCCUUAGCCUCUGUGACGCCAACAGGACCCACCCCCAAGAAUGAACCCUGACUAAGUUCUGUGCUUCCUCUCCUGGAUUUCUCCUCUACCUUUGUCAUGGAAACAACCAGGCCUUGAGGAUGCCCCUGUCAAGGCCCGAUUGCUCUCUGUGACUGAGGCUAGGAUUAUGUCCCCUCCCAAACUGAAGUGGCUGGUGGAGGCCAGCUCCUGCCAGCUAUCCAGAAAGCCUCUCCCGCUAAGCUGACCAUCCCAUUCCGUCUGCCCUCUUCAAACCUGAGCCCCAGCCAUACUGGCAUCUGUGGGCAGUUAAGCCAACCCAGGAGCUACUGAGAACAAAGAUUCUGAGGAAGGCUUCUUCUGCAGUCCCCACCACCUAUCAAGUCUUCCAUUUUCUUCUACGCUGCAUCGGAGAACAGAGGUUCCCUCUCCCCAGGAUCCGGAAGUGAGUCCUCCCAUCAAGUGUGCACCAGUGAAAUCCAGUCAUGGCUGGUCCCCAGCAUUCCUACCCUCUUUGGAGCUGCACUAGGUGUACUCCUGGUGUGGGACGUAUUGAAGGGACUGUGGCCAGCUCCAGCGCGGUGAGCUUGGCUCUGGGAGGCCUUGCCCUUCUCUCCCAUUCCCUCCGCCUUGCUAAAAGUGUUAGAUCACAUUCCUGAGGCUAGACCCCAAGGUCUAUCCCCUUAUUUGGCCACUUCCUCCUCCUGAGGCCGCCUACAAAGGCCCAGCUAUCCAAGUAUUAAAGUCCAGCAAUCAAAAGCCCCCUUCAGUUUCACCUAAUCAACAUGUUCUACACCCAGGCUACCUCUUUUUCUCUUCAUAAAAAUUACACCUGCAAGGUCAUCGGAUGCUGUUUUUCUGCCUGAGUCAGAAAGCAGCCACUUAACUUUUCUUCCCUGCUUAAUAAAGGGUCUCUCUGAGAAAA